ACCGCCCCCCCUCUCCCCCAUAUCCAACCAGCUCAACUGUCAAUACACGAUUCACACCGGUCAGUUUAGGACGUACCGUGUCCCCCACAGGACGUGUGGUUACCGUGGAAAUUGAGUAGGUUGUUGGCUGUGGCUGGAGGCUCGUUAAGAUGGUCAGGGCUGGCGGUAUUUUGAAGUUAGCAGCGCUCAUCUUUGCAUUCCUCCUUGCUGCCUUUCUGGCUUUCCAACUACUAGAGAUUAACCUGGAUUUUAACCUAGGCAGCAUGAUAUCAAGAUCUAUGCCAGCGAAUGAAGGCGCAACAAAGCCAGUCAGGUAUAAGUGUGGGCUGACAAAGUCGUGUCCGCUUGGACACUUUGCCUUCAAGAUGGCGAGUGGAGCGGCCAGUGUGGUGGGGCCCAGAAUCUGCCUCGAGGACAAAUUACUAAUGAGCGGCGUGAAGAACAAUGUCGGGAGAGGAAUCAACAUCGCCCUGGUUAAUGGGAAAACAGGGGAAGUUGUCAAGACAAACUUUUUUGAUAUGUGGGCGGGAGAUGUGGCUCCCAUGAUUAAAUUCCUGAAGGAAAUUGAAGAAGGGACAGUUGUGAUGAUGGCUUCAUUUGAUGAUCCCUCAACGAAGCUCAAUGAUGAAGCCAGGAAGCUAAUUGCUGAUCUGGGCAGCUCAGCUAUCAGUAAUUUGGGCUUCCGGGAUAACUGGAUCUUUGUAGGAGGGAAAGGCAUCAAAACCAAGAGUCCAUUUGAGCAGCAUAUAAAGAACAGCGCAGACACCAACAAAUUUGAGGGAUGGCCCGAGGUGUUGGAGAUGGAAGGCUGCAUACCAAAGAGGCAGGACUGAUGCGAGCUCUUGUCCUGUCGACUGCCCGUCCACCUUGCCCUCCUGACAUUCCUGUCCACGUGAGACUCUUUAGCGAUUAUAUUUCUUUGGGCUGAGAAAGGUCAUUUUGCACCUCUCGCCCCGAAGCCUUUUAUUCAGAUUUACCCAGCAGAACAACAUCCAUCCAGAAGAUAUUAGCAAGAAAGAACAGCCGCCAUGAAACUUCUGUUAGCCCUGAGCUUGAACAUUAUUGCACUUCUCCGUCUGAUGGAUACAGUAACAUAGAGUGUUGCAUUAUUGCACUGCUGUUGAUGGAAAUGGAUGUCAUAGCCCUGAUGUUUUUUUGAGGGGGGGCUAGAUUUCCAUUUCCUGUGCCCUGCCUUAAUCUCAUUAUCCUAUUUUUUUUUUUUUUUUUUAAUUACCAUGACGUGAUUUUUUUUGAUUCCUUCGUGAUCUUGUAACCAAAGGCACCAAAUUCACUGUGAAAUUUUGUAAAUAUUUAUUUAGAGCAGGGACCAGAUUUGAAAGAUCCUCAUUUAAUGAACAUUGUAAUAAUAAUAUAAUUUCUUAAAAUAAAUGACAUUGUUAGUAAUAUGUGUGCGUGUGGGAUAAAAGUGUUUUCUUACAUCUACAAGUGGUAAGUCGAUAUUCCUUUUUACGAUUGAGCAUUUGUGCUGGUAUAUACUGACGUUUUUCUGUGUCCCUCAUACUCUGAGAACAGAUAACAGCUGUUUCAAGAUUCACCUGUUUACUUCUUUAUCACUACCACGUCAGUCUUGCCAUCCCACAGCCACUUUGAAAGACGUAAUAGGCUGUUAGUGUCUUGGCUUCAGGCUGACACAGUUCCCGUGGUUGAAAGAAAAAAUGUUUUCAUACUCACACUAUGUCGUGUUAACCGCUUGUCAGGAUACUUAUUUGAACCACCUGUGACUUUCAGUCUGGUUCUCAGUUUACAGUUUCUGCGGAAGUCCUUCAAACGGCGUAAUUACUUCUAAGAAGCUAUUCUUUAAAGGUAAAAAAGAACGCAAGCUGUAUUUUUAAAGUUUUUAAAAGGUCGCUAGUACCGGCUGCUAAUUGGCAGUCAGCCUAAUAUGAUGAUCUGUGCAGCUGUGUUUCUAACUGGGAUUUAGUUAUUACAAUAUUAAGCUCCUUCCUCGUGUCAUUUCGCCUUAACUUGUGUGUCUACCAUCCCAAAACAGCUGCACCCGUGGUAACAUGACUGCUUUCAACUUAGUGUAGUGAAUACAUACCGCUUGUGAGCAAGAUGUUACUUUGCCCACCCCUUUAUUUAUAGGUUGCCGGCAAAUUUACUCAACUUUAACUAUAAUUUAACCCAAUACAACACCACACAUUACAACUUCACAAAUUUUACGUGUUGAGUUGAGUAAGUGCCUCAGUGACAGUCUCCACAAAAAUUGAAAAUAUUUACGCAGUAUAAAGUUUGUAUCAAGUGUAAGAGUAUUUUAUGCUGUCAUUGUUAUUGUCCCCUGUAUUCUUACACUCUUUUAAAGAUUAAAAAAAAUAUAUUUAUUUUUUAAAGAUUACUUUGUAGCAACUGUUCAGGGAUUUCAGAUGAAAACCAGCCCAUUGGCUAAUAGUUACAACAGUGUGUGUUGCUGUGCACUGUCACUGUUAAAUAAAUAA